UUUUAAUAAAUUAUAAGGUCAUCAAAGAAUUAAUAUUGAUGGAGCCGUUGUUCGUCCUUAAUUAAUUGACAUAUUUAAAUAGACAGAGACACUAGAGAUCGAGCUAGUGUCCCCAGUACCACUGCAUAUGCAUUUGGUCAUCAAAAAUUAAAACCAAGGUAACGACGAUGCUAGCCUUCUGAAAAGAGACGGGAUUUCCAUGGACAAUGCGUGCGGGUUUCCUCCCCACCCUGAUCCCUAAUUUCCUCGAGCCUUCGGCUGGGCAUGCAUGCUGCAUGGGAUAUAUAUAUAUAGUUAUUAAGUCAGUACCAGAGUACGUCUGCUGGGAAAAAAGCAAGUCUUUCAUGCAUUUAUAAGCGCCUCCAAGCUGCUAGCUGUACGUAAAAGUAAUGAAGCUGAUUCUACUUGUGACUGCGGUCUGUGUGGUACUAGUCCCUAUCUCCGCUUUGCUGACACCAUCUGCUUCUCUGCAAAUCCAGACCCAACCAUCUUAUGAAAAGGCAGCGAAUGAUCAAUUACUUGAUCAGCAUUCUCUGCGGCCAGUACUGCCAAGGAAGCUCAGACUUUCUGAGGCCGUAAAAGAAUAUGGAAGUCACGAUUUACAAUCACACAAUGAUAGACAAUUAGAAGGCCGAUACGUUAUUACAGGUAAGUCGUACGGUAAAGAGGAAGUUGAAAUGCAGCAUGGAAAACAAUAUUGGGCGGAGGGGGCAGAGUCACUAGACACGUCACAAAUUUUGACAAUGGAUUAUUCCCCCGUAAGAAAACGACGUCCUGUACAUAACAAGUCCAUGCCGGUUGGUCCAUGAAACAUGCAGGCGGCACUGAGCAGACAAUGCCAUGCAUAUUUAUAUAGUAUUUCAUUCCCGGCCGAGCUAAUUAAGAAAUACAUGACGAUGAUGCACCAACUUUUUGGAUGGAGUUUUGCAAAAGUACGUAUGUUUUUUCUAACCGGCCGCCGGGAAAUUAUGAAUACUGUCUUCUACAAUACUCCCUAGCUGCAUGCGGCGGACAUUGCGGAGCGAAACCCUAGGAUUUCUUAGAAACUGAGGACCCUACCGGAGCAUCAAAUUAAUGUGGGUCACAGACAGACGUACAUGGUCAUUGGCCGGUCAGCGUAAUCCUUAUAAGAAAACUGUUCAGUUUUAACUAAUUACUUUAUAUAAAAAAAAUGCU